AUGUAUGGAUCAAAGUUUUCGCGCCAUUUCUUGUUCCUCUCAAAUCCCUCGUGCCUCUCUCGCAGCCGCACGCUGUCUCGUCUGUGUAGAACACCGCCGCGUGCUCACGACGUAAACGCACCGUUACGACUAUUUCACAACAUCAUCAUUUUUUUUUUCUCAUGUCGCGUUCAAAUUUUAUGAACAAAAUUGAGGGUUUAUGCCGUGUUUAAAGUGAUUCCGCGAACUUCAAAAGAACCGUCAAGAAGUGGAAAAGAUAACCAAAUUUUGGAGAGUUACUGAUGGUCUUGAAUUUCGCGGAAAAUACUUAAAAUACGGCUUCAGCUAGUGAGUGAUUUCAAUUCGAAACUGCGAUUUAAGACUAUUCGUGAAGUCGCUUGAAAAUCUGCAACUAUUUCCGCGUAAUUUUUUGUGAUGAUUGUAACGUUCAAAAAAACCUUCAUUUUUCUUAUUUUUCUUUCUUUUUAAUUUUCAAUUUCUUUUUUUGUAUUGUCGUUAAGGAUAUUUCUCAGAUGAUACGGUUCUGACCUUCAAAUUUUCAGGUUAAAUGUCAACUCCUGCGACAAAAAGUCGUUCUUCUACUUCCGAAACAUCUGGGGCUGAAAUUGCCGCGUCGGUUGGUACCCUAACUGCUGGCUCAGACGAAGAAACAUUGAGAAAAUAUUUCCGAACUAAAGUGGAUGACGCUCAGGUUUGAACUAUCUUGAAAUCUGUAUUAAACAUAUAUUUGCAGCAAAACGUACUCGAAAAAAGUCAAAACGUUCGUCGUUUGCAAGCUCAAAGAAAUGAAUUGAACACCAAGGUUGUGAAAUUUCUCUAAAAAUCUCAUCUUUGCGUUUCAGGUCCGAAUGUUGAAAGAAGAGCUACAGCAACUCCACGAGCAAGGCAGCUACGUCGGAGAAGUCAGCAAGGCAAUGGACAAAAAGAAAGUUCUCGUUAAAGUCAGUAUAAAAAGGUUUUCUUCGAAAAUUUCGCAAGUUUCAGGUGCACCCUGAAGGAAAGUAUGUGGUCGAUGUCGACAAAGGCAUCGACAUCAACUCGAUCAAUCCAGGUUGCCGAGUUGCUCUUCGGGCCGACAGCUACGCCCUCCACAAAAUCCUUCCGAAUAAGGUGAAAAUACUAAAAUAAGGGAUUUCUGUAACUGCGAACAGGUUGACCCCUUGGUGUCGCUUAUGAUGGUCGAGAAAGUGCCAGACUCGACGUAUGAAAUGAUUGGAGGUCUCGACAAGCAGAUUAAAGAAAUCAAAGAGGUUUGUAGUUUUCUUUUUGGUGUUCGAUCAUUUUUUAGUAAAUCAUUUUAGUUGUAUGGUAAUCUUUUCACUGUAUUUAAAUUUAUAAAACUUUUUUAUUCCAGGUUAUCGAGCUUCCAGUUAAACAUCCAGAACUUUUCGAGGCUUUGGGUAUCGCUCAACCAAAAGUUAGUCAACUAGGUGUAGAUAAUGGCAACCUUACUACCUUUAGGGUGUUUUGCUUUAUGGACCGCCCGGAACCGGUAAAACGUUGUUGGCGCGUGCCGUCGCCCAUCACACCGAAUGCACUUUUAUCCGCGUUUCCGGUUCUGAGCUCGUUCAAAAGUUUAUUGGUGAAGGAGCUCGUAUGGUUGGUUGGCUCGGCUCUAUUCAACUCUGAGUGUACCGAUUCGAGGUCCGAGAACUGUUCGUGAUGGCUCGUGAGCACGCUCCGUCGAUCAUUUUCAUGGACGAAAUCGAUUCUAUCGGCUCAAGCCGCGUCGAAGGAUCCAGUGGCGGCGACUCCGAGGUUCAGCGAACGAUGCUCGAAUUGCUCAAUCAGCUCGACGGUUUUGAGGCCACCAAGAAUAUUAAGGUGAGAAGUUUGCGAGUUUUUAGCUAUUUUUCAUUUCAGCCCUAGUAUGUCCAAAAGAGAAGAAAAAUAAAAAUAGUUGGGAAUUUUUUUUUCUUUCACACUCAUUCAGUUUUGUGCCCUCCUAAAAACAAAUCAUAAGUUUUCAAAAACAAAAAGCUUUUUUGUGCGAGGCGAGCAUCGCAGAUCUGUUCAAACUUUUGUGGUAGGUAGCCCCAGGUAUGAGUAUUCGAAAACUAGAAGGAAUAUCUGCUAGAAGGAAUAUAGGUUACUAAGAAAUAGCCUGUGGAAAAUGUACAGGAAAAACUCAAAAUCUUUGGAUUUUUGUAAAAAAAAAAAACGUCUUUUUCUAGUGUUUCUAAUGAUAAAGUGAUUAUACUUAGACUAUCAUAUCUAGGACUAUCUACCACAGAAUUUUGAUCUGCGACAUUCACCUCACACACUUCCCUUGUCAGUAAAAUCGGCAAAAAAUUUCUUUCAAUUGAAAAAAAAAUGUGACGACAUGCACCUUGGAACGCAUCUUUCCAAAAAAUCUUUUUUCAAACUUUCACUAUUAAUUUAGUUUUCAUUCAGGUUAUCAUGGCCACUAACCGUAUCGACAUUCUUGACCCUGCUCUAUUGAGACCUGGUCGUAUCGAUCGUAAGGUUAUUCGACAUCUAAUUGUCGCAGAUGAUCAAUCUGAUGUGUUCAGAUUGAAUUCCCAGCGCCGGACGAGAAGGCUCGAGCGGAUAUUUUGAAAAUUCACUCCAGGAAGAUGAAUCUGAUGCGUGGAAUCAAUAUGAGAAAAAUCGCUGAGCAGAUCCCUGGCGCUAGUGGCGCAGAAGUCAAGGUUCGUGAAACAUUUCUCAAAAUCAAUGCGCAAACGGUUUUGGAUUAAAGAAUUGAGUUUUUGUAGAAAAUAUUAUGUCUGCUUCUUUCCAAUCCCUCCAAAAAGAUAGAAAAAUGAUUUUUUUGAAAAGAAGAUUUUUUUCAUAACUGUUCCAUUAAAAAAAGGUCUUUAACGUUUUUUUCUUGAUCUUAUCUUUUUUUCAUGAGUCCCCGAUAAAUUUGAAAAUAACUAAAAAAUUCAAUAUUACAAUUUUUUCGAAUCUUGCCAACAAAUUUUAAGAACAUACACGGUACUUUUUGGACUCAGUCCUCGAUGAGGUUCGCCUGGCCAAAGUGGUUAGGUGUUUGCUCCUCCCUCUGAAUGUAAAGAGUUCGAUCCCCACCCAUGUUUAUCGCGUCCAUUCUCUUUGCUGAGUUGUGUUUUCUGUUCUCAACUCCUGGAAAGACGCUAAAGAAACGCGAAGCGAUAAUUUAUAAAAAAGCAGUUGAGUAUCACUUUCCAAGAAUGGUCCUGUACUAUACGUGGUCUUGAUUACUCAAAUAUUUUUUCUCACAUAAAGAUAAUAUUCAGGCCGUCUGCACUGAAGCUGGAAUGUUUGCCCUUCGUGAACGGCGAAUUCACGUUACGCAGGAAGAUUUCGAAAUGGCUGUGGGAAAGGUAAAAGUUAUUAACAAAGGUGAAUUCUGAAGUUUUUUUUUUCAGGUUAUGCAAAAGGAUUCCGAGAAGAACAUGUCGAUCAAGAAACUGUGGAAAUAA